AUGAAGAACGAAUCAGCUGAAAUCAUGCCUUCUCUUAGCUCAAGCGACUGCGAUGAAUUUUCUGCCUACAAUUUUUCUAUGGAAACAGGCUGUGAAAUUGCUCCUAUACAUCUAUUCCGGCACAUCGAAAAAAACGAGAGCCUAAAUUUUAGAACCCAUCAAAUUGUUGAGAUGGAUUUGGCUGCUUUUUCUAAAGCUACCUCCUUACGAAUUCCUAGUGGGUCAUAUUUUUGGCCAUGCGAAGUUAUAUGCGCCAUAAACAUUAAAUGCAAAUUUCGCUGGUUGCAUUCUGCGGAAAUUAAUCCUUGUUUAAAAUUUUUUACAAAGGGAGCAGAACGGAUCCCCCCAUUCUGGUUAAAUAUUGACAAAAAAUUUUGGGAGCUAGUUCACCCUAUGGGGUACUCUCAAGAAAAUAAUUUAGACUGGAUUUCUCCCCACGAACUACUUCAGUGCAAAUCAACUGACGAGUUUCUUGAUCGAAAAUCUCGGCCUGGAAUUCCAGACUUCAGUCAAGAGUUUGAAAAAAGAGUGCUCAAUUCACUCAUCUCUCCUUUAAUUUUUAAUGAGAAAGCCAUGUAUUUACGCGAUAUGCUGAAAGUUGGCGAUUAUUUGGAGUGCAGAAGUUUAGCCGAUCCUUCUGAUGUAUGGCCCGUUAAAAUUCUAAAAAAUUACAAUGGGCGUCUUGUGGUCUCUUGGCUUGGUAUCAAUGCUGAAUUCGAUGAGAAACGCGGUGUUUUCAGAUGCGGCACUAAUAUCAACCUCAACUGUCUGGAUCAGCCAGUAUUUUCCAUUUUUCUUUGGGAUCCUCGUAUUCGGAUGUUGGGCUAUAGUUAUGCCCAUUCAAUUCGCUAUAGGCCACCCAAAUGUCUUAUGACUAUUGAUGCUAUAGAAAUCGGAUCGGAUUUCAUUCAAGCACAUUCCCCAUUUCAUGAUGUGCUACCGUGGAAUGGACAUCUAUUCUUUGCUCCGGACCCACCUAAACAUCUGUUCAAAGUGGGAACAAAACUAGAAGCUUUUGAUAAUUCGAAUCCAUUUGGCGCUCGUCCGGCCACAGUUGUCGAAAUUCUCUCCGAUAGGUACUUUGUCGUGAGAUUCGACGUUCUCCCCUCACUUCAUCGUCUUAAUUCAAGAAAAUCUGUUGAACACCAUCCAAAGGAGUUUGUAGCUCACGUUGGUAUGCCUCAAAUAAUGCCUCCAAAUAUGUGUCGAUAUUAUGGACUCAAAUUAUUCCCUCCGGAAAAUUGGCCAAUUGGUCAACCCUUUAAUUGGAUCACGUAUGCUAGGACCUUAUUGAAUGAAUCUAAAACUCCAUCCAAAUUGCCAUCAUAUCUACUUGUAACCGAGGAAUUUUUUCAAGCUCUCAUUAAGUCCCUCUCCAUCCCUAUUGAUCGGUAUUUCAAUUCCACUGCUCCAAAAUCCAAAAAUUCAGAGGAUUUCCCACUUGACACUUAUUCACCUCUGCAAAAUAUUGGUAUGGGUGGCGGUAGUAGUAGCGGAGGGGUAAAUCGAUUGAAGCGUUCAAAAUGCAGUGACCUGAGUGAUAAUAGUGGUCUGUGGGUUUCCCGCGAUUUUUGUCCAGGCAUGAGACUAGAAAUGGCCCUUCCGCUCCACAUGUGGAGGCAUACACAAUUCAACCAAACUAUUGGUGAGGUCGAAUUUCGUGAGGGUCCAAUUGUGACUGCAACUGUGAUACGAUGUCAGGCUGGCUUACUUUGGCUCCUUCCUGAUCUCUUACCUAACUGGAGUCCAUAUGCUAAUGAGGACUAUACUGUAAAUACCCCAAUUGUGAUUGAAUCCUCAUCUACCUCCCUGUAUCCACUCGGUUGGAGUCAGGAAAAUCGUCAUCCCUUUAUUCCCCCUGCGGCUUAUCUUCGACCACCAUUCCUUCACUUAUCUGUCAAUCCUCCGAUCUGGAAAACGCCAACUCAUCCCAAGCCCUCUUUUCCUCAUGUCAAUGGCAUAGUAAAAAUAGAUCAGUUCUACUCUCAAUCGGAAGUCUGUCCAAAAAUCUACAUCAACAGCAAAUGCUACUGUGGACCCAAUAUAGUUAAGACGAGACUACAAUUCUUACAGCGCGAGUUUGGGCCUGGACCUUUAGAGUUAACAUUAAUUCGGUUAAUAAAUAAUCUCGCAAUGACGGUGGACAAAAAGGCCUCAGUUAAUCGGGCUUUCGAUGCUGACUGGGUGAAGAAGUCUGUCAAUGUUUCUUGUAAUGGUUUGAAUGGCAAAAAACGCAGAGAAGUAAAGGCAGAAGCAAUAAGGCGAUUUCAUGCUGGAAUGAAUUUAGUCACAUUCUCCUUCCGUUGUCCCAACAAGGGCACUCAAAUCCCUAUAACUUUGGAAAUUUGCAAGCGGGUUCGAGCUGUUGAAGACUUUUUGCGCCAGGUAAGCAUUAGUCUCGAGGCUUGUCCAUUCCUUCUGAGUACUCAACAAUACGGAGCCGUGGGUCAAGAGUGUCCCCUAAAGUGCCAUGAUUUGUUAAACUCUCAUCGCAACAACUCCGUUGACAGCAGCAGCAGUAACAACUUCGUCUCCCCGAUAAUUGUAAUAGCUGACGAUACUAUUAUUUCAACAGCCGCCCUCCUCAAUUCUGAACUACGUAUUUCAAAAGGUAAUAGUAAACGCCCUCUCAUGGUCUCCUCUCGACUCCUGAAUGAUCGAUCUCUCCUCCCCCCACUCCUAUACGACUGGAACCCCUCAGGUGCGAAGAAUAAUCAGGGUAAGGGCGAUGAUGGGAAGUCCAUUGAAAAUCCCAACGGUCAACGACCUGCUAAAAGAUUGCGUGGAAGUAGUGCCAGUAUCACCGGUAAUUUGGGCAAUGGUUUCAACAGCACUACGAGUCGUAAGGCUGUGAAAUCUCGCACCAAUUUUCGUAAUGUUAACGGUGAUGCGACACCCGCUUUUGAUGUCCCCACACUGGCAAGUGAUCCAAUUAGCUGGACUCCCCGGGAUUUGGAGAAGCAUCUAGAGGCGACAAAUUGCAUGGAACUUUGGCCUUGGCUUGCAGCCCAGGCGGUUGACGGUCAAGCAAUAAUGCUUCUUCCCUCGGCGCAGGAGCUACAAUCGGAGAUGGGUCUGGACUGGGAAAUGGCAGUAAAGAUAGCUCAACUUGCAGACGGCCUGAGAUUGGCCUAUCAAAAGCAGUACUGCAGCAAAAAUGCUGCAUAG